UCUGUGGCUUUUGAUUAUAUUAUUUUUCGGGAGGGUUUUGAGGCAACCAUAGAGCUGGACUUGUUGGAAGUACCAGAAGGUGGUUUCAGCAUGCAGAUGUGUGGGUACAGAACUGCUCAGAAGAACUAUUAUACUUUCAUUGACAAGAAUUGUGACUGUGAUAGCUUUGUCAGCUCGACCGGUAGAUUCCCGCAGUAUUUUGUGGCAGCUGUGCACAUGGAUGACUACUUUCUCGUGGACUUUGUGGAAGGAAAAUCACCUCUUAUUUUCAAACCAACUCUUCAUGGCAGCAAAGAAAAAGAGUACUCUUUCGAACACGGCGCUGUGGUGUCCGUCAAAGUGUCCUGGUCCACAGCCUGGUACUGCUGACAAUGUAAUGCUGAGUAAUAGUCGUUGAUGUUUUAGAAUCGGCUCUGCCAUCGUUUAUUAACGCUGCUCUUAUAUCUGAAACACUUUCACCGCCGCCAACCAGUCAGGACCGGACAUGUCUGAACUCGCCUGCGGCGGCUGCUUCACCAUGCUCGUGUACAACCGCGGCGCCACCAACAUUCGCUGCCCGCACUGCGGGAGGGUCAACUCGACAAGAUCAGCAGCGAACCAGAUUGGUCACCUGUCAUGCGGGCAUUGCCGGACUACUCUGGCGUACCCAUCGGGAGCCUCGACGGUCGGAUGCCCAACUUGUCGCUGCGUCAAUCCUGUCAGGAACAACUCUGGUGGCUCUGCACGGCCUGCACCAUCGGAUGCUCGGCCCCAGACGGUUCUGGUGGAGAAUCCUAAGACGCUGGAUGAAAAGGGCAAACUGGUGAGCAAUGUCGCCGUUGGUGUCACCUCGUGGAAAAGAUGACCAAGAACUCCUCCGCGGCAUCAUCCCAAGGAUCUACUGAUAAACCCUUGGUGAUGGACAUGUAAAACUAUCAUAAUCAAACUAAUGUGAAAUCAAGUGUGUUUUGAAGCUUGAUAUAAAAAAAAUGUAACAGUUGAGCAGCAAAAGAUCUGAAAAUGUAAAUAUGCUAGCAGUGUGCGCUAGCCU